AGCCUGACGCGGAGCAGCGGCUUUGGCGGUCCUGGCUGUAGGAGGUCCGAGAGCACUGCUCCUCCCGAGGGCGCGGGUGUUCGGACUGUUUCAGGCCAUCCAUGAGCCAGCAGGAAAGGAUUUCCAGCCAGAGAAAGACGGCAUCUGAAGUCCCAAUGCACAGAUCAGUCCCCAGUCAAACCACCAAGAGGAGCCGAUCACCAUUUUCCACCAGUCAUCGUCGCUGGGAUGGCAGUGAGAGUUUGGGAACCAUCCUGAAUGUUGAUAAUGAAGACUACUCCAGGUACCCGCCAAGAGAGUACAGGGGUCUGGGUAGCAGAAGAGGAAUGGCUUAUGGACAUAUUGACUCUUUCCGGGCAAAUGAUAGCGAGGAGGAGGGGGCUGGGCCUGUGGAGCGAGUGCCAGUGAGAGGGAAAACUGGCAAGUUUAAAGAUGAUAAGCUGUAUGACCCAGAGAAAGAGGUGAGGUCUUUGGUUGGGUUGUCCCCCCAGUUCUCUAGUUUUAACCAUGAUGUGAGAAAGGAGCUUGACAAGCUAGACCCAGCCCCUGCAGCCAGAGGCUCUGUUAGCAGAGUUGAGUUCCUGAAGCAAAAGAGCGUGGCUCCUCAGACUUCUGCUGAUAGCAAGGUGGCUACAAAAGGCGAAGGCCUGGAGAGGGAGAGACAGGAACAGAAUUUACCUGCAUGUCCCAGCAGGGCUCCUGUGAGUAUUUGUGGUGGUGGGGAAAACAUCCCUAAGGGUGCAGAGGAACCGGUUGUGAGGCCCAAAAUCAGGAAUCUGGCCAGUCCAAACUGCGUGAAACCAAAAAUAUUUUUUGAUACUGAUGAUGAUGACGAUAUGCCACACAGUACUUCCAGGUGGAGGGACACUGCCAGCACUGGUGAAUGCCGCUCCGGCAGCCUGGCAAGGAGAGGCAGAGGUGAGAGUUCAAGUGGCUACUCUGAGCCGAAGUACCCUGAGGACAAGGGGGAAGCCAGGAAUGACCAAAUGAAGCCAGAAAAGGUGCUAAGACGGCGAUGGACCAUGGCUGACCAUGACUUCUGGACAUUCAGUGAUGAUAACAAAUACUGCGAUGAAGACUCUGACAGUGACAAAGAGUGGACUGCUGCUUUGCAUGGGAGAUUUCAAGGUUGGGAGAAAAACCUGUCAUCCAGUGGCGAAAGCUGGGAGACUCUGCCAGGGAAAGAAGAGCAUGGACCUGAGCCAGCCAGAGUGAAUGCCAGAGUGAAUGCCAAUGCCCAUGCCAGCCCUAGUGCUAGUGCCAUCACUGGCAGUAAUUGCAGUGAUGAACUUGAAGUUCGAAGACCAUCUCUUCAGGAUGUGGAGCGGGCAUUGCCAGAAGAAGUUCCUUGGCUCCAAUACAAUGAAAAUGAGAGCAGCAGUGAGGGGGAUAAUGAUUCCGGUCAGGAGUUUCUGCAGCCUGGGGUCUUCAUGCUGGAUGGCAACAACAAUCUCGAAGAUGACUCCAGUGUGAGUGAAGACCUAGAAGUGGAUUGGAGCCUCUUUGAUGGAUUUGCAGAUGGGUUGGGAGUUGCCGAAGCCAUUUCCUACGUGGAUCCUCAGUUCCUCACGUACAUGGCACUUGAAGAACGUCUGGCCCAGGCGAUGGAAACGGCCCUUGCACACUUGGAGUCUCUAGCUGUGGAUGUGGAGGUGGCCAAUCCACCAGCGAGCAAGGAGAGCAUCGACAGUCUUCCCGAGAUCCUGGUCACUGAAGACCACAGCACAGUGGGGCAAGAAAUGUGUUGCCCCAUAUGUUGCAGUGAAUAUGUGAAGGGGGAGGUGGCAACUGAGCUGCCAUGCCACCACUAUUUCCACAAGCCGUGUGUGUCCAUCUGGCUUCAGAAGUCCGGCACCUGCCCUGUGUGCCGCUGCAUGUUCCCUCCCCCACUCUAAGACCAAGGCUUUUUCCUUCUGGUCUGCCAGUUUUCCCCAUCUGAAAUCCACAAUACUGCAGGAGCCCUCUUAAAAUUAACAAUUGAAAUGAAACCAGUCCACUAAUCUACUACACCAGGAUGAUUUCUUGUGAUCAUUUCCAAUGUGAAACAGUUGUGUACGAUUGCAUUAAAAAUCAUACUGUGUUUUAGAGGUUAGAAAGGGAAAACUUUCUAAAUGCUACUUGAGAUUGCAAUAAGAACAUACAUUUUCUGACCUGAAUAUUGAAAUCAGUUGCAUUUGUUUCUUUAGUAGAAUAUGUUGCUGUUAAUUAUAACAUCUAGCUUAUCUGUUAAACAUGUCCAAAAGGUAUCACCAUUUCUGUUGCAUGUUAUAGGUUAAUGUUCCUGUAAUUGCAGUGCCAGUAAAACUUAUUAAAGUUAUUCUUUUGGUUUUACAUGCUA